UAUUUUCGCAAUCACUUGUCAUUUUGUCGCUGAUGGUGUGCUAAAAGUGUACUCGCUGCCAAUCAAUCAAGUUUUGAAAGAAUAAGAAAUGAAGAACGUAAAGAGUUUCGUUUUUAUUGUGGCAUUGUGCGUCGGCUACGCUCAUUCAGUACCAGUGAAUAAUGGUUUUCGUUACUACCGAGCACCAUCAUCAUUCAAUGGAUAUUAUCGACCGUAUCCAAUGCAUCAAACUAUGCUUCUGCACUACAACAAUCCUUAUUCUGCACGGACUGCUCAAGCUAGUGAAAUAACUGCAUUUGCAUCUGGCGAUAGGAUCGGAGCCGGGACAUACUAUGAACAUGGUCAAGAGCCUGCACCAGUGCAAGAAUUCCAACCACCACCACCACCACCAUCAUCAUCAACGAAUCUAGACACCGAUUUGAAUCAACAAGCCCCCGCUGAGUCUAGUGACAGUGGUAACGCGAUAUCAAUAGCAGAAUCAUAUCCCGAGGAAGAUGAGAGCCCGGACUCAGAAUCACACCAAGAUAAUGAUGGUCUCUUCGAAUCGGGUCCCUCAAUCUCGUACGAGCCAAUUCCACAAAAAAACAACAUUGCACCGACAGCGACUCCUGCAAAUCCGAUUAUUGCACAGCCGCCAAAAAUUAAUGUUGAAAUAGAAACAAACGAAGAGGACGACGACGAUAUAGUACCGGCUAACACGAAAGGGCAGCAGCCAAGUCAAGGUUCAUGGCCACUACACAAUUUCUUUCCUAUUAGCUUCGGGAGUACGUCAGGCGGUGCCAUUGCAAUUGCCAAUAGCUUUAGUACGGGCAAAGGGGGAACUGCUGCUAGUCGAGCAACAGCAUACGGUUCAUCGUCAAAAGGCAAACUGAAGAAACAGUUGCAGAAUUGAUUUUUUUUACUCAACGAAUUUUGUCUGUGGGUUUCAAGAAGAAAAACAGCUAAAUUAAAAAUUAAUUUUUUUUAAUGGAAAGUUA